CACAGCUCAGAAGCAAAAUGGCCGCUAGUAAACGAACCGACCACACAGCGUCAGACAGUCACCCCGGGCUAACGCGUUGUUUACGGAUCGAGGACUAAAAGAACACUCGCCUUUCCUCGAAUUUUUUUCUACGAUCAACACGUCGCCGCUCGGUGAUGUCAUUUCUUACUCGACUUCAGCCUUGAAAGCCUCGAAGAACUCCCUCGCUGGGCUAGCUCCCUAGCUAGCCUGCUAGCGACAGGAGAAUCAAGAAAGGGAACAGUAGUUCAUGGAAGACAAGAAAAAGAAGAAAGAAGAUAAAAAGAAAAAGGAAACCUCUCAGAAGGUGCCAGAACAGAAAAUCAAAGUGCCAGAAUCAGCCAAGCCCUCCUGCUCCCAGCCGCUCGCCACCCCAGGCUCAGUGUCCCCCAGCCCUGGCCCCGUUGCCCCCUCAUCCCCCAGUCCUGGUGCCGCUGGGGUUUCUGCACAAGUUCCUACUGGUGGUGGGAACAAUGCAAAGCAGCGGACUGCUGUGGCCAACGGACAGCCCUCCUCCUCCCCCUCUGCAAGCCAGACCUCCCAGCAGCAGCGAUACAUGUCCAGAGAGGUUCCACCAAGAUUUCGCAGCCAGCAGGACCACAAAGUGUUACUGAAGAGAGGCCAGCCGCCGCUGUCCUCCAUGCUGCUGGGGGGGGGAGGAGGAGGAGGAGGGGAGGGAGGAACGGGAGGGGGCAGUGGCUGGGCAGCCACCUCACCUAUGUCCUCACAGGGAGCAGAUAACCCCAAUGCAAGCACAGCUGGAGGCACAGAUUCCAACCUGGGUUCAUCCUCCCCUUCACCCCCCAACUCAUCUUCAUUAUGUGUUGCUGCUCUGUCGUCUACUUCUUCUACUACUACUACUUCAACUUAUGCAAAUUCCACAUGGGGGGCAGGCUCUGGCAGCCAGUCCUCUUCUCAGGGCUGCGGGACGGUGAUUGUGGAUGGGACUGACCUGGAGGAUUGGCCAAGCAUCCUGGGCGGGGCCAAAUUGAGUUCUGACAUGGCUGGAGGAGGGGUGCAGGAGCAAGACUGCCCCGGUAACAACAACAGUAGUGCCUCAUGGAGUGAGAGAAGCAUCCAGCAGAAGGGAGGAACAGCAGGAGGAGGAGCAGGGAACAUGGACAAUCCUUCCCCACCUCGUUCUUCUCCUCCUCUUUCCUCCUCUUCCUCGCUUAAUGAAUGUGUUCAGUCAAGUGAUGUGUGGGGCUCUUCCACCUCCUCUCAUGUAGAGGCAGGGUUAGGAUCAGCAGCAUUUUACAAUUCCAAAGUCUCCCAUCUUCUACCUGGGCCUCAGGAGAGCCCUGUCGGUGGCAGCAGCAGUGUCCCUGGUGCCAAUUUUAACCCCAACAUGAACCCCUCGGCCUGGCCUGCCCUGGUGCAAGGUGGGACAUCAACUUCCGCUAGUGAAGGCCUUCCACUGCACUCGUCCAUUACUUCAGCUUCCUCGUUCUCUGCCAGCACCACCCCCAUCACCACUCACUCUCUUUCAUCUGUGAAUCAAACUGGUCUUCAUCAGCAGCACACUGAGAAAGCUGUUCUGGCCAGAAGUGGAGAACCGCAGCACUUAGGGAACCCGGAGCUGGGUUCAAGAGGAGGAGCAGGACCAAAUCAAGAAGGUGGUGAUGAGAAGGGUUGUGGGGUUGCUAGUAUUGAAGAAGAAGGGAGUGGUAAUAUUUCUGGCUCCUCGUCUUCCUCCGUACCUGCCUCUUCUUGGAGAUCCAUGCCUUCAGUGUCCUCUGACAUCAGUGCAGGUUCAUCACAGGCAGAUGGGUGGGGUGGGGGAGGCACUGGAGCUCAGGGGCAGGAAGGGAUUGUGUGGGGCUUUGGUAGCCAGGGAGAGAAGGCAGGCUGGGGCAAGGGAAAUGACGGUGGUUCAAAUACCCCAGUGGUAUCUCAGGGAGCAUGGGAAGGAGGCAGUUCAGAAGCAGAGUGGGGUGGAACAAGGGGUAGUGUGACUUUGACUAACUUAGCAAUAGGAAGUGGAAGAGGAGGAGAUGUGAGCAGCAACAGCAGCAGCAGUGGAGGCAGUAUUGGGGGCAGUGUUUUGCAGGACUCUGCCUCACCAAAGUUUGAAACUAUGACAAAAGCUUGGGACAAUCAGACAGGGGUGGAAAGUGGUGACCGGGCAGUUAGUGAGAAGGGUGUAGGAGGAGGUGGCGGUGGAGGAGGAGGGCAGGGUGAAGGCACUGGAAGUGGAGCACCUUUGUCCUCCAGUGGAGGAGGGCCCAUAGCUGGAAGUGGUGGAGGAGGGACUGAUGGCAGUCACAAGCCGGACCAAGCCUCAUCUGUGGACAACCGCUCCCCCCAGACCUCCAAUGCUGAAGUGGCCUUACUUGGCAUGCUAAACCGAUCUGACCUGGACCCCAGAGUUCUGUCUAACAUGGGCUGGGGGCAGACCCAGAUUCGACAGAAUGUGGCCUGGGACCUGGACACCACAGCAGGAGUAGGAAACCGAAAGCAAAGAAGUACUUCAUCUUCCUCUGCAUUCUCAUCAGCAACCACGACCACUAGUCGCGGUCCUGGGUACCCCUCUAAUACCAGUUCAGUAACUAAUGAUCCGUCCUCUGGUAAUCACACGGCCAGCCUAAACUCUGGGCCUGCACCAGUUAAGGAUGGCAGAGAUGGUGAUGCUACACAGUCCACCUGUGGUACUCACGUGCAUGGUAGCACUUUAAGGAAACCAGGAAUGCCAGAAGAAGAUAUCAAGGGCAACCCAGGAAAGGCAGCUGGAGGCUGGGGUGAUCUUCCACCUGAAAACCAGGGCAAAGGAUGGGGGACUGAUGAACAGCAAUGGAGGGAUCACAGAGGAGGAGGUAACAAGAGAGACACUGGAGAUCAGGGUAGCGAGUGGACAGAUCGUCCAGAGGAAAAAGGGACAGGGGGGUGGAAGGGGACUGGAAGAGGGGAGACAGGUGGUUGGGGAGGACAGGUUGGAGGGGGAGGAGACUGGGGACAGAGAGACUCGAAGCCUGGAGGUGGUUGGGGAGAUGGCCGAUGCAGAGGAGGAAACAACUCUGAUGAGGGAUCUUCCUGGGGUAAUGUGGAUGAUGGAGGGUCUCAGCGAGGAGGAUGGGAUGGAGGGGAUGGAGGUGGAAGCAAAUCCCACCAAGAUUGGGGGAGUGCCAAGCCCCACACUGCAACAGCAGCACAGAUACCAAACAGCCAAGUGGCGACAAUGAAAGCCCCAAAUCAACAGCAGCACCAAUCACAGGGCCAGCAGCCACCAGGAGGUCCCAUGCAAGGUGGCUGGAACAGCCGGUCCAAUGUUGGAGGUGGAGGUCCACCAUCCAAGAAUCAGAACCAAAGUUCGGGCUGGACCUCUGGCCCGAUCCCCCAAAUCUCUGGAGGUGGGGGGGAUGCCCUGGACACCAGUGGCUGGGAAGAACCCUCCCCUCAGUCUAUCAGUCGCAAGAUGGAAAUCGAUGAUGGCACUUCUGCCUGGGGAGACCCAACCCGCUACAAAAGCAAGAAUGUGAACUUGUGGGACAAGAACAGUGCUACGCCCAGUCAAAGCCACGGUCAGCAGGCCCCACCUCCUGGCAUGCAGCAGCAACCCCCCAGAAGGCAGCAAGGGAUGCAGCAUAGCAGGGACACAAGCUCUCGCAGUGCUGCAGUGGGUCCAGGUAUGUGGGGAGGAGGUGCACCAUCUGGGGAUAAUGGUAAUGCUACGUGGGGCCAGGCUUCAGACUCAGCAACAGGUUGGGGGGAUCCAGAUGAAACCAGCAAAUUUUCUGGCUGGGGGAACCCUUCAACUAACCCUGGUAAACCUGGCAACAAGUCGAUGGAAAGCUGGGGUGGGAAGGGAGAGAGCUCCGUUGCAGCCUCCCGUCACGCCAGCUGGGAUGAGGAAGAUGAUGGUGGUGGGGGGGUCUGGAACAACGCAAGCUCCCAGGGAAACAGUUCCUCCUUUAACUCUGGAGGCUGGGGUCAGACUCAUGGAGGCAAGAGGGGCAACAUCAAGAGUGGAGGUGGGGACAGUUGGAUGAACCCAGUUUCACGUCAGUUUUCAAACAUGGGCCUUCUGGGUGAUGAUCCAAGUGAUGACAAAAAGAUGGAAGGAGACAAGAGAGUAAUGAGUGACUAUAAUGGAGAGAUGCGUAGGGGAGGAAGAGGCGGAGGAGGUUACCGCAUGCCUAGUUCCAAAGACAUGGGUCCUGUUGACAUGGGGCCGUAUGGAGAAAAGAUGGGUGGCCAUGGAGGGUUUGCUGGCAGUGGCGGAGGGAUGGCUCAGCCUCGAGGGAUGCACCAACCGGGCAUGCAUCCAUUGAACUCCCAGGGGUUACGUGCUCAAGUGCCUCAUCAGUUCCUGUCUGCUCAGGUGCCGGGUCCUAUGCUGAAGCAGAUGCCUUCUCCUGGUAGCAGUGUGGGUGGAGUGGUUGGUGGAGUGGGAGGUGUCGGCAGCGUCGGAAGUGUCGGCGGGGUCGGUGGUGUUGGUGGAGGGGUGUUCCCUCCUCAAAUUUCCCCACAGCAGCUAGCAAUGCUCAGCAACAUUUACCCCCAUGUGCAGCAGUUCCAUCUGGCUUGUCAGCUUCUUCUACAGCAGCAGCAGCAGCAACAGCAGCAGCAACAGCUCCUGCAGAACCAGAGGAAGUUCCCUCAGCCUCAGCCUCUCAGGCAGCAGGCAGACCCACAGCAGCUGGCGAGGAUUAUGGCUAUUCUGCAGCAGCAGAGGCAGCACCAGCAGGGUGGGGUUGGAGGAGCUGCAACAGGAGGAGGGAGCUCCAAACUGUCCCCUUCUCACCUGGGAGCAGGCCUCUCCAAACAGCCCAUGGUAGACUCCCUUCCACAUCCUGGAAUGGGAGGGACCUUAUCAGACCUUCAUGCCAAAACACAAGGGAUGUACUCUGGGCUUGCCCCUGGUGGUAACCUGUCAGGAUUGGAGCUUGGUCCCAUGAUGGGAGGGAUGAAGGAACCAGCAGGACAACAGUCUAGAUUCAAAUGGAUGAUGGAGGGACACUCCCCAGCUCCCUCUCCCCCCAACCCAAACCUUCAUAAGAACGGCCCGCUACCCAGUUCUAUAAAGGUGAGAGGAGGAUCCCCUUACUCCCAGUAUGAAAUGCUGGGCAGUGAUGGUUUAGGGAUUCCCCCACAGGGCUCUGCAGACAACUGGCAUCGAACUCCUGGUAGUAAAAUGGGGAAUAAACCUGCCACCUCCAGCUGGCCUCCAGAAUUUCAGCCCGGUGUGCCCUGGAAGGGAAUCCAGAGUAGUGGAGACCCCGAGUCUGACCCUUACAUGACUCCUGGUAGUGUUCUUGGCUCCCCGGGACCCCCCAGCCUCAAUGACUCUGACCACCAGUUACUACGAGACAACAUAGGGCCAAACCCUUCCCUCAACACCUCGCUGCCUUCACCUGGUGCCUGGCCCUACAGUGCCUCAGAAAGCCUGCUCAGCAAUGCACACAGCACAGGAAAGUACUCGGAGUACAAGCCCAGCUGGCCCCCAGAGCCCAUCGGACAAAACAAGUUUUGGAAAACCAAUCGCAACAGCUCGCAGCUGCCACGCCCCCCUCCUGGCUUAACUAAUCAGAAGCAGGCCUCGCCCUCCCCAUGGGGCAGUGGGGGCCCACGGUUGGCCCGGAGCUGGGGAGGAGGUGGGAUGAAUCAAGAGUCAAGAUUUGGGCCAGGCUCAGCUUGGAGCGAUGGCGUGGCCUCCAGAGGCAGCUGCUGGUUGUUGCUGAGCAACCUGACCCCGCAGAUUGAUGGCUCCACACUAAGGACUAUCUGCAUGCAGCACGGUCCCCUACUGACCUUCCAUCUUGGCCUGACCCAGGGCAGUGCUCUGAUUCGCUACAGCAGCCGGCAGGAAGCAGCCAAGGCCCAGGGUGCACUGCACAUGUGUGUUUUGGGUAACACCACAAUCCUGGCGGAGUUUGUGAGUGAGGAGGAUGCUCGCUAUUUUGCACAUUCCCAGGCCGGAGGGACAGAGGGGGCCAGCUCAGGAGGGGCCGCGGUCAGUGGAAUGCAGGGCUCAUCUGGUACAGGCACCUCUGUGGCCAACAGUGGUGGUAGCUCCCCAGGGAGUGAGCGGGCAUCAGCGGGUACAACUUCAGGUGGAAAUGGAAAUGGAGGAGGAGGGGAAAGUGGAACAGCGGGUCUAGGUAGUGUGAGGUCCUCCGGGUCUGGCUGGCAAAGUCUCGAUGGUACUGGCAGUUCUUCAGACACCUCUUCAGCCCAAGGACCCGGGCUAGGGAUAUUUUCCCAAUGGAGCACGAACGGGUCAGGGGAGGGAGGAGGUGUCGGGGGAGUUGAGGGAGGGAGGUCUGGGCUCUGGGGUGGCAUGACUGCCGGAUACCCCAGCAGCAGCCUGUGGGGGGCACCGCAAAUGGAGGAAAGGCACCAAAUGGACAGCCCUGCUGCAUUGUUGCCUGGCGACCUGCUGGGGGGAGGAGCUGACUCCAUCUAA